AUGGUCCUACAAAAUGAUGCCACCGACAAGUUGUAUGGAUUUCAGCUCUAUCGUAACAUAUCAAAUAUGUUAGAAGUACUCAACCAUUGCUUAAAUUUCUAUGUAUUUUGUAUGGCAAGUUCAGAAUACACUAGAGCUUUUAUCGUCAAUUGCUUCUGUUUGCGGCACGCAAUUUCAAUGUGUCCUGGGUGCGUAAAGUUAAUAAAUGGUCGUAGAAGCAGCAGCCUCAGCUACGGCCAGUCGGUUAAUAAUUCGAUAAUGAUUGGGCCGAUGAAUAAUUCGAGUGAGGACGAAAUCUCUAUGACCCAGAAAAACGUCAUGGUACGAUGGAGAUCAGUGGAUCGGGGAGAAACUGUACAGCAACAGACGCCACUUGUCCACUCGUGCCCCAAUAAAGGGAAUUCUGCGAAAAGAAAAGAAUCCCCCGCCCGAUCUCACGAUUGUCAA